AUGCCCGACAAGAGCUACCCGUUCACGCAAAAGACAGCAGUGAAGCACCACCACUCGGCUGUCGCCCAUCUCCCUCAUCUCCAUCUCCACCGCCAUGAUGCUGUCCCGAGCUGCGCGCCCGGCUCUCAGGGCUGGCAUGGCCGCCGCCGCCGCCCGGUACGCUGCCCCCCUCGUUUGGCAGCUUUUCUUGCGCCCGCCGCUGCCGGAGCCAUUGCCAUUGCCAUUGCCAUUGCCAUUGAAUUGUCCCUUGUAUCCAUUGCUGACCAUAUCUGUGGCUAUAGGCCUGCGACCCUCACUGCCACCAAUGCCGCCGGCUAUGCCACCCUCCGUGAAAUCGAGGGCCGUCUCAAGUCGAUUCGCAACAUCGAGAAGAUCACCAAGACGAUGAAGGUCGUCGCUUCCACCAAGCUCAACCGCGCCACCAAGGCCAUGGCCGAGUCCCGCAGAUACGGCCAGGCCUCCAACGCCGUCUUCGAGAGCGCCGAGACCAAGACUCUCGAGGGCGACGGAAAGCGGUCCUUGAUCAUUGUCUGCAGCUCCGACAAGGGUCUCUGCGGUGGUGUUCACUCUGGACUGUCGAGAAAGGUCAGGGGCAUGCUGGCUCAGACUCCCGAGACUGAUCUGGCCGUCAUUGGCGAGAAGUGCAAGGCGCAAUUGGGCCGUAACAACGCCAAGAACAUGGUUCUCAGCUUCUCUGGUGCCGGAAAGGACGUCCCUACGUUUGUCGACUCGCUCACCAUUGCCGACCAAAUUGCCAUGCUCCCCACCAAGUACGACUCGAUCAAGAUUGUCUACAACAAGUUCAUCAACGCUGGAAGUUACGAGGCUACCGACAUCGAGGCCUACUCGGAGGAGGCCAUCACUCAGUCUGCCAACUUCUCGGCUUUCGAGAUCGAGGAUGAGGCUCUCCCGAACCUCCGCGAGUACGCCCUUGCCAACUCGUUGUUCUGGGCACUUGCCGAGGGCCACGCUUGCGAGAUCUCUGCUCGCCAGAACGCCAUGGACAACGCUUCCAAGAACGCUGGUGAUAUGAUCAACAAGUUCCAGAUUCUGUACAACCGAACUCGCCAAGCCGUCAUUACUGGCGAACUUGUCGAGAUUAUUACUGGUGCUGCUGCGUCGGAAGGUUAA